CGCGAUGCGCCGCGACGCAUGGAUCAGAAGGACGCUGGACACGGAUCGAGAGACGUGAUCAGGGAAUAAUUCUUGCGUGAGAUCAUCGAGAUACCAAGCAUUCGCCGGAAGAAUCUAACAUGAUGAUGCAUCGAGAAAACGCCCAAUCAUCGUCAUCCAACGACGAACUCACGAUGUAUCCGUCCGCCGCGUAUCAUUCUUCGUGUUCGACGCUACCUUCGUCGACGUCGACGCAGUCGUCGUCGUCGAGGUCGUCGUCCACGACCUGCCCAUUCUUGCUGUCCGUUCUCACGUGGUCGCUGAUGUUCCUGCUGAUCUCGUCUUGCAUCGGACUCGGCGCGGAUGCCGCCACUCUCAACGGCCAUCCUCUGGGAAAAAGGUCGUUCUUCGACAUCCAGUGCAAGGGCGUGUACGACAAGAGUAUCUUCGCCCGUCUCGAUCGUAUCUGCGAAGACUGCUACAACCUGUUCCGGGAACCGCAAUUGCAUAUGCUCUGCAAGCAAGACUGCUUCAGCACACAAUACUUCACGAGCUGCAUCCAAGCGCUGCUGCUGGAGGAUGAGAAGGAAAGGUUGCAAGAGAUGGUCGAGUACCUAGGUCGCAAGAAGUAAACGGGAUAUAGUCGAAGCAACGACGCGCCCCAUCACAAAGGAGGAACAUCACGCGGCAUAUAAAUACGUAAGAUCGAGAAAGUGAUGGACAGAGAAAGCGCGGUAUUCCUGCCUCGAAUGAGGAAAACGAUGGAGAGGAUCCUGAUUCGUCAUUCUGCGAAUUUCGAGCAACCUGGAACUUUACGAAAUUUAAUGCGAUAUCGUGUCACCUUUCGGGAGAGCAUUCGAGGACAUCCGGACAUCGCUCUCAAGAUUUGGAAAACGAUCUUCGAAGAGAGAGAGAGAGAGAGAGAGAGAGAGAGAUCUUUCGGAGAGAGUUCAUUGAUUCCGAAAAGUUCCAUGUGCAGAUUAAUGGACGUCUGGACGACUUGGGGAACGACACGAUAAUGCUUACGGUGUUCAUGAGGUAUGAGUGGCCUUGCGGAAGGAGAUUUCUGAUCGCAUCUGGAACGUGCGAUUCGUUUACCGAUUCAAUGUGAUUUUAGUGUCUAACUGUGAGUAGAGAGCUGGAUAUCGUUGUCGUUCUGUUAACAUCAGCGAGCGGUGCGAUAAGAGUAUAAAUGGGAGAAUUCGUGAGAGAAAGAUUCGGCGAUCUUUCGCGGUGAGUCGCGUCGUUGCUAGAUAUAACGAAGAACGAAGUUAAACAAUAACAUAUUAAAUAACGAGACACGAGAAGCGAGACGGUACGAUUGAGCCAUACAACAAACAAGCAAACACACAUACACACAGAGUAAAUCUAUACGAAUUCUAGUCGACAAAAUAUCUGCGCUCUCGCGCACUCGUUUUAAUUCGAUUAAUCAUUAAUUAUUAAUCAUCGUCAU